AUGGUUAAUGAGCAUAGAAGAUCAGUUGUUCUUCAAGAAAGGAUGGAAACUUUGUUUAAGAAAGCAGAAGAGCUAUCUGUUCUAUGUGAUGUAGAAAUUGGUAUUAUUGUUUUCAGCCCUGAUAAAAAAAAUGUUGUAUAUGAGUGGCCAUCAAGAGAUAAAUUUAAACAGCUCUUGAUGAGAUAUUUAGAUAAACCACUGGUAGAGAGGCUUAAGAAGUUGACAACAUUUGCAAAUGAAGAUAGUGUUAUAUGCAUUUCCAGAUGCAAAAAUUGUCACUGGUGUGUUGAUGCUGCAGUUAUCGCAAUUGCGAGCACCAGCAUCGCAAUUGAGAAGAUUGUAGGGGAGGUUCAGAUUUCGCAAAUGCGACGCCCUUAUCGCAUUUGCGAAGUUAGUGUUGAGUUGGGUCAGGUUGCAUUUGCGAUCAUUUGGUCACUUUUGCGAAGUAGGCUGCAAUUGUAA